AUGACAGUAACCGACCGUUCGAGUCCGUGCAAGAAGCUGUCUCGCUGCCUGACGGACGACGACAUGUCUUUUGCAGACGACCACGUUCAGGUGGACAGCAGCCGGCCGUUAGAGUCGUCGUCCGCCACGCGAGAUCCCCUCGAAGGCGGUCAGCGCACGCAGCCCGUUCGUCACGAUGACGUCUCGGUCUCCGUGAGUGCUUCGAGGGACGUGUUGCGUGCAAACGCCGCCUCGUCAGACGUUCCAGGAGUUGUCCAGCCAUCGCGAACAUUGCCAGCACCGCACGAUAGAUCGCAAGGGCCGUCGACUACAUCGUCGCAGCCGAACCAACGGAAUCUGCAGUCGCCGAUGCUGCGUAAGGAGGGGCCCCGAGAGCUACAGCGGCAGUGGGAUUCCCUAGGCGCGAACGCGACCGACAGAGCAUGUGAUUCUGUUGACGCGGAGCCGUCUAAUGCGGAAGCCGCGCGGCGACGGCGGGAAUUGAGACUGCGGGUGGAUUCGGAGGGAUCGGAGGACGACGCCGACGAUCUCCGAUCGCGCCGCUCCGACCGACUAGUUCCCGCCUACUCGAAGCGGCAAAGCCACCAUGGCGCACGCAGCAUGCGCGCGGGGGGGAAGCUCAAGUGGGGGGAGGAUUUCUGGCGGGGGAAGCCGGCGCAAGAGGCGAUUCCGCGGGGGUUCACAUUCAAGGGGUACCUCGCGCAGCCCAUGGCGGCGCAUGCGGUCGCCGCCCCUUCCGACCCGCCGAGCGAGCGCGAGGCGGCUCAGGCUCGGCCGUUCAACGUGCAGGUGCAGGUGUUCCGGCGGGUGCUACACGUGAUGCGGCGGGUGCGUAUCCCGUGGGAGGUGUUCUACCAGGUGGCGUUCAACCUGCGCGCGCAGGGCGCGUGGCAGAUCGUGGACGCGUGCCUCUCCGCCAUCUUCCUCGCCGACGUCUUCCUCGGCUUCAAAACCGGGUACGUGACGAAGGAGAAGCACGUGGUGAUGGACGACGGCAUGAAGGUGCUCAAGCCGCAGCAGAUCGUCAUGGAUCAGCGCAAGGUGGUGUGGCACUACCUGCGCACGUGGUUCGCCUUGGACCUGCUCUCCUCACUGCCCUUCGACCUCCUCACCUCGCUCGCCUCCGACUCCCCCGCCGGCUUCUGGAUCUCCGUCGCGUUCCGGCUGCUGAAGCUGUUUCGAGUGCACCGGUUGGGAGUGGCAGCGAAGCAGCUGAGGAGCGCCUCCUCCGACACCAACUACAUGGACUUCGCCAUCCUGCUCUUCCAGAUCUGCAUGCUCUGCCACAUAGGCGCCUGCAUAUUCGUGCUGAUUGGCCGGCUAGAGCUGCCGAACGAGACAUGGCUGGCGGCAACCUAUUGGAGCCAGGAUAGCGUGGCGCAGACGCUGGAGUCAGCACCCACCGGCGUCGUCUACGUGGCAGCUAUUUAUUGGUCCAUGGUCACAUUCGCUGGGGUUCAUCGAGAGGGAGCGCCUGCCAGAGUGGCUCGCCAACCGCAUG